UAUAAAGUCUGUGUAAUUUCCUUUACCUUCCAUCUUAGCAUUGAGAGUAAGCAUGAGGUUACGAUCCUGGGAGGACUCAAUGAAUUUGUAGUGAAGUUUUAUGGACCACAAGGAACACCAUAUGAAGGCGGAGUAUGGAAAGUUAGAGUUGAUCUUCCUGAUAAAUACCCUUUCAAAUCUCCAUCUAUAGGAUUCAUGAAUAAAAUUUUCCAUCCCAACAUUGAUGAAGCGUCAGGAACUGUGUGUCUAGAUGUAAUUAAUCAAACUUGGACAGCUCUCUAUGAUCUUACCAAUAUAUUUGAGUCCUUCCUGCCCCAGUUGUUGGCCUACCCCAACCCCAUAGAUCCUCUCAAUGGUGAUGCUGCAGCCAUGUACCUCCACCGACCAGAAGAAUACAAGCAGAAAAUUAAAGAGUACAUCCAGAAAUAUGCAACGGAGGAGGCACUGAAAGAGCAGGAAGAGGGCACCGGAGACAGCUCAUCGGAGAGUUCUAUGUCUGACUUUUCGGAAGAUGAGGCCCAGGAUAUGGAGUUGUAGUAGAAAGGCACCUGCUUUUCAGAAAGACUAUUAUUUCCUAACCAUGAGAAGCAGACUAUAAUAUUCAUAUUUAAACAAAGCAAUUUUUUUUAUUACUAAACAAGGUUUUUAUGAAUAAUAGCAUUGAUAUAUAUAUAUUAUAUAUCACCCUUUAGAUCUUGAUUUCUUGGUCAUUUCUCAACCUGAGGUGCAUAGCAUAUUCCCACAUUCCAUUUUGGUAGCAAUAUGCAGUCCAAAUGCAUGCAUUCACAAGUCCAUUUGGCCAAGUCAGCCUGUGUGCUACUGAACUGUCAAAAGACAAAGCGCUCUGAUAGAUAGACAUGGAUAAGAGUAAAGGAAAAGGUUGCUUCUUUUUUUGAUGGUUCCAAAGAAACAAACCAAACCAGCUCUUGGACGUGAAGCUAGAAUAGCGCUUUUUCAAAACGGAAGGGAAAACACUGGGGAGGAAAGGCCUGCUGCUGUGGGAGCUGUUAGAGCCACCACGCAGAGUCAGAGCUGCUCCUUGCUGUGAAUCCUAGCUGGCCCCGUUUCUGCAGAAUAACCGUAUAAAACAGGGAGCUAACUGGAGUAUUGAAACGUAAAACAAUUUUUUUGACUCAGAUUUUAAGUACAGUUUUAUAUGUAGAUUCCUGCCCUUCUGGCUACCAGGCCCUGCAGCCACAAGUGUUUUGCUUUCAAAGAGAACCUUUUGGAAGUGUUUUCUGAACCUUUCUUUUUCUUGGGGUUGAGUUUGUAAUCCAUACCUUUUUUGAGAGGACAGGACAGGAGGAGAAAAGUGGCUGGGAAGAUGUUUCCUGUCAGCAGGUGCAGAGUCAUACCCUCAUCCUAUUGCUGGCCACUCUGAGAUGGCUACCCUGGACUAAGAGCUUUACUUUACAUUUGAGGAUGGUUGUGGGCUUGUUUGGGGUUUUUUGAGGGGGGGUGAGCGCAAAUUGUGCUUAGGUUGCAGAUUUAAUCUUCACCUCCCAAGAGAGGGCCUCCUCCGUGGAAGGCCCUCGGUGGACCAUUAGCCUUGGAGAGAAGCCCCGUCCAGUGGCUGUGGCUCCUGGGUGCUCUCAUCCAUGUUCUGGUUUUGUUUUUCCUUCUGCUGCUUGGCAGCAGCCUGGGCAUCGCCUGCUUGUGGGAGUGGGAAGUGGGUAUUUUAGACACAACACACAUUCUGAAUUUAAAAUGAGUAAUAUUUGGAACAAAUAAAGGUUCUUGUAACCAAAGUGACUCUGCAUGGGGCAAACACAGCUUUUUUCAGUGUGUGACUGAAUAGGAGGAAAGGAUUUAGAAAUACGAUACAGUAGAACAGAUUUUGAAGGAAGAAAAUUUUCUCUCCUGUAUAUGCUACGAUGAAAUCAGACAGUUUAUCCAGUGCCUGCUGAUCAGAUGUUUACUCAGCUAACCCUAUAUCCGGGUUGCCGGCAGAAGUGUCUUUCAAAUAUGAGUGUUGCCUGCUGAAUGUGGAGAACUUUAGAAAGCAACUCUCUUCUUUUUUGGCCACAACCAAUAGGACAAUAGUAGAAUUAGUCAAUCCUAAAAUCUAGAGACAAUUUUUGAAUGUCCCAGUGGGAUAAUUUUUCUUUCUGGUGUGUGUUUCUAGUUUAGAAGUACUAUAUUCCACAAGAUGUGAGUCAAUGAGGUUGGAAUCUAUCCUCUUUUUUCAAAAAGCACAAUCAAUCUUUUCUUUGAAAAUCUGUAUAAAGUACAACUUUUAGCAUGAUUAUUUUCCUAAAUAAAAAGACAAAAAAUUUACUUAUUUUAUGUUAAUUACGGGCAUGAAGCAAAAGAUUUUCUUUAAAAAAAAUGGAAAGUGCAGUUCUUUAGGGCUGUGGUUAGUUAACCGUACUGAGUUAUCUCUAGCAUUUGUGGCUGUGGGAAGGGUAGUGGUGACUUGAACAUGUAAUGGUAUACUCUUAACUCUAGCACGUUUCUUACUACUCUGGGGGAGGGAGGGUCUCUGCCGGCACUGUCUUGCUCACCUGCUGGAUUAGCAGUUGGCUUGUUCUGUGACUGUUCUUGUAGGUGCGAUCUAGGGUAGGCUUGAAGUGCUGGGUGGUGAUUUGAGUUCAAACAAUAAAAAAUUGUAUUUUUUCAAUAUUGUAUAAGCAAUAGUGUUCUAAUUACCUUUCAGAAAAAUAAUGUCCAGAUAACAAUUGCUUUUCAUCUUGUCAGAAAACCUAGUGGAACCAAGCUUAGGGAGGAAGGCAUGUGAACAGUGCCACAGCUCUGUUCCCCAACUAAAUCCAUGUUUCUCUAACAAAAAGACAUCAGUUUGCCUCCACUCGAAAACUCCAGCACUAGAAAUCUGGAGGUGCAUAAUUCCUAGAUGAGGACACUGGGGGAGAUUGCAGGGGUUAAAAAGCACAUCUGAGUGUGGCUGCAGAGUGUGUGUGUGUGUCCAUCCCAGUCUGUGUGAUGGUGUAAUUAGGCUUCUCUGUUAAACAUCAGAAGCUCCUGGAAUUGCUCCCCAAAUCACGCUGUACUCUCUGUGCAAGUCUGACUUUCUGGGUACUAAUCUUGUUCUUAUGAAUGUUUCUGGCUCUGUGUGGGACUUCUCCUCUCCACUGGGAAAUUGACUUUUGGUGAGUUGAACAGAAUCCUUUCUUAUGCUAACUUUUGUCCCUUCCCUGUACCUGGGAAAGGUAGGUAGUAGUAGGAGACCAUACUUACAGAGGAUGGCAAAGGAAGGCCUGACUGUGAAUGUAAGGACACUCAGCCCCCAAUGAUACGUGGUUGAGUGAGGCUGGAGAAGAAGGGAUGUACCAAGAGCUUUUCCAAGCUGUCUCAUACCAACCCUCAACAGAGCAUCCAAGAGACCCUCAGAAACACUGAAGGUUAUUUCUUUGAAAGGCAGUGGUAGCAGGUCAGAGUUGAUUCCAGCAGUUUCCAGUCCUUUCUUACUUAGUACCCAUAGUUUUUGAAACCCUACCUGUGGUUUACCAGCCCAAGCCAGUCUUUGUCCAUUUGAAUGACUGAGCUCAAGCAAGAUGGCCACAACACUGAGGCCUUGUGGGUUGCCUUUAGUGGUAGCCAAGAGAGAUUCUGGUGUUUGUGCUCUUUUGGCUUCAUACUCAUUGUCCUCCUUGAGGUUACUGUGCAGUUUGAACAAACAUUUUUUACUAGUGAGAUGCUUUUCAGAAGUUGCCGUAUUUCUUUCCAGUACCUACCAUUGUUCGUCCACUUCAAAAGCUGUUCUGUUUGCCAACUGGCUCAUCUAAGCUGAGGAGUGUCUCCCCUGGAAGGAACUUUUUCCCUCAAAAGGCUCCCUGAAGCCCUAGUUAGCUUUGACAUUUUUUAUUAGGCCUCCUAUUGGAAUGGCUGAGAAUCAUGACAGACCCUCUGCAAACCUCUGUAUGUCAAAUUUGUAGACACUGGGAACUAUUAUUUGAUUUUAAAUGGUGUGUGGCCCUCCUAUAUUCUAGGGACUCGAUUAGAAAAGUGAAAGUAACAGAAAUUGGCAAGAGUCUUUUUUCAUCGACUUCCUAACUGGAUUCAUGGCCUUGUUGACUAAAAUCAAAUCAUUUCUAAUUGGUUGCAGAGACCUGCAUUUCUUUGGACUUCUGAAUCCAUGUACCCAUUUUCUUUGGCCACCGAACACCUGGGCAAUCCCAUUAGGGACUGGAUGGAGUGGGGACCCCUGGAGGAUGGGUGGAGUUAACAGCAUUCAGGUGGGCUGGUUCUCCACUCACCUGAGGAAGGGCCAGGACCCUUAAUUUGGCACAUACCUGCCUUGGCUGUGGGCUUGGGAAGAAAUGGCCAUUAUUUACUGAUUGUAUUUGGUACAUAUUGUGUGAUACUUGAAGAGAUAAAAGGGACUUAAGCCCCUAACUGAAAUUAAGCUUUUACCGCCUAUUUUUUCCUUGCCCUGUCUCCUCCCUUCCACCUUUCCCCUUGCAUUGUGAGAUCUAGUGGGCACUUACGUCAACAGGACAAAUGCCUCCUCUGACUAUAACCUCUUAUAGUUGUGUAUAAUGAAAACUGUAAACUUUUUUAAAAUAAAAUGUGUAUAUACCUUG